AGUCAUAUUUUGGGGACAAAAGUUCUUGUGUAGAAAAUACUAGCACAUUGAACCACACGAGUUCUUCUUCUGUGCGAGGCCUGAAUAGCACAUGUGUCAGAAAAACACCUCUCUCUUCUAGUAGAUCUGUUGGCAGAAGUCAUACCCCUCUUAUGGGAUAUUCAGUUACAUCCUCAUCCGCAGCCUCUGCUCAUGCUGUUGCAUCGGUUAUUGUAGCUGUAGUAGAAGGAAGAGGCCUUGCCAGAGGUGAAGUAGGAAUGGCGAGUAUUGACUUAAAAAAUCCUGAGGUGAUCUUAUCACAGUUUGCAGACAAUACAACUUAUGCCAAGAUUAUUACUAAGCUCAAGAUUUUGACACCACUAGAAAUAAUAAUGUCAAACACUGCUUGUGACGCAGGGAACACAACAAAAUUGUUCAGUCUGAUAACAGAACAUUUCAAGAAUGUGACUUUUACAACUGUCCAGAGAAAGUACUUCAAUGAGACAAAGGGUUUGGAAUACAUAGAACAAUUGUGUGCCUCUGAAUUCAGCACCAUUUUAAUGGAGGUUCAGUCCAAGUACUACUGUCUUGCAGCUGCUGCAGCUUUGCUAAAAUACGUUGAAUUUAUUCAAAAUUCAGUUUAUGCUCCGAAAUCACUCAAGGUCCGUUUCCAGGGAAGUGAGAAAACAGCUAUGAUAGAUUCAUCAUCAGCGCAAAAUCUUGAACUAGUAAUUAAUAACAGAGAUUCUCGGAAUGGUCACACACUUUUUGGUGUCCUAAAUUACACUAAAACUCCAGGUGGAUGUCGAAGACUUAGAUCCAAUAUCCUGGAGCCACUAGUUGAUGCCGAAACAAUUAACACAAGACUGGACUGUGUUCAAGAGUUACUCCAGGAUGAGGAGCUCUUUUUUGGUCUUCAAGCAGUUAUCUCAAAAUUCCUGGACACAGAACAACUGCUUUCAGUUUUGGUACAAAUUCCAAAGCAGGAUACAGUUAAAACUGCUGAAUCAAAAAUAACUAAUUUAAUCUACCUGAAGCAUACUCUAGAACUUGUGGAGCCUCUAAAAGCUGCUUUAAGAAGCUGCAGCACACCACUGCUAAAGGCUUAUUACAAUUCUCUGGAAGAUACAAGAUUUGGAAUUAUACUUGAAAAGAUUACAACUGUAAUUAAUGAUGAUACAAGGUACACAAAGGGAUGUCUGAGUAUGAGGACCCAGAAAUGCUAUGCUGUCAAGCCUAACAUCAAUGAAUUCCUUGACAUAGCUCGUAGAACAUACACAGAAAUUGUUGAUGACAUAGCAGGUAUGAUAACACAACUUGCAGAAAAGUACAACUUACCAAUGAAAACAAGUUUUAGCUCUGCUCGUGGAUUUUUUAUCCAGAUGAAUGCUGAUUGUUCAACAUUACCCAAUGGCCAACUUCCUUCAGAAUUUACAAAGAUCACUAAAAUGAAAAACACAUAUAGCUUCACUUCAGCAGAUUUAAUAAAAAUGAAUGAAAGAUGUCAGGAGUCCUUGAGAGAAAUAUAUCACAUGACCUACUUAAUAGUGUGUAAACUACUGAAUGAGAUCUAUGAACACAUUCAUUGCCUAUACAAGCUAUCUGAUGUUGUGUCGAUGCUGGACAUGCUGCUUUCAUUUGCCCAUGCCUGCACUCUUUCUGAUUAUGUUCGCCCAGAAUUUACGGAUACUUUAGCGAUCAAGCAGGGAUGGCAUCCUAUUCUUGAAAAGAUAGCUAUGGAAAAACCUGUGUCUAACAACACGUAUCUGACAGAGGGUAACAAUUUUGUCAUUAUUACAGGACCAAAUAUGAGUGGAAAAUCAACAUACCUAAAACAGAUUGCUCUCUGUCAAAUUAUGGCACAGAUUGGUUCUUAUGUCCCAGCAGAGUAUUGUUCUUUUCGAAUCGCAGAGCAAAUUUUUACCAGAAUAGGUAUGGAUGAUGAUAUAGAAACAAAUGCAUCAACAUUCAUGAAGGAAAUGAAAGAG